AUGCCACUCCAGUUCACCGCGGCUCCGUCCUCCCGUAUCAAAAAAGCUGGAGCCCGCACCCCGAAACGGAAUUCCCCCUUUGAUCGCCAGCGUCGCAUCAAGCCGUCCUCCCGACCCCUUGCCGACAAGUCGCAGCCUCCACAAGGAAGCCCAGCUGGAAGCUAUGAUGAGCACGGCGGCUCUUAUCCGGGCGACCAGCUCCCAGACCUGGGCCCGUCGCACCAUAUUGCUGAGACGACCCUCGUGACCAGCGUGAUCCAGGCCAUCCAGCAUGUCCAGAAUACCAUGUUCACCCCGAUGCCGGAUUCGAGAACCGGCAUGAACAGCACCCGAAUCGCUGAGGUGUUGAAUUUCCGCAAGUCACUGCCGCCAAUCGUCUCCAUUGCCCAUGUCCACGUCCUGCUGAACGCGCCCACCAGAGUGGAAAGAGAGAUAGUCGAACUGGCGGGCUCGGCUCGUUUACGGCGACUCUUCAUACCUGGACGCGGGAGUGCCUUGGCCGGCUUGGGCGACUGCUUAGUGCUGGUUGAAGACUGGGAGGGCUUGGUGCGCAGUAGCGGAUCCCUAGAAGAGUCCUUGAAAGAUAAGUUUAUCCACCUGCUCCGCUCCAACGCCAAAACUUCCGCUGUAUCAGCCGGUCAAUUCACCCCAAAUGAAACCUCAUCUCUAGUGCGAGCAGGUUUUCUCGUAUCUCCAUCCUCCCUCGCGAAAGAUACGCCGCUGUCAAUCAAUCCCUUCGUCACUGCAGUUCCUACAGAAGAAGUUGGGCAUCAGGGCCAGCCGGAAAGCCAGCGGAAGAACACGCGGUCUUUCCGAGACUCAACAAUGAUCCUUUCUCUCCCCAACCUGGGUCCCUACUUACGACUGGUCAGCGCAGCCCGCUCACGAAUGCUCACCAUUCUCGAAAGGUCCAAAUACAACGAAGUCCCCCUAUACCUCCUCCGGGAUCGGUGGGACGGAGCUGUCGAGACGCAGCUCGGCGCCGCAAAACGUGCUCGAGGGGAGUCGAGCGGCGUGCUUCCGGGACGGACAAAGAAAUGGAAAGAGCUCUACGGAUUGAAUUUCCGAUGGGCCUUGGAAGAAACCCUUGGUGCCGGUUUGAUUGAAAUAUUUGACACCGGUAGCGUUGGUCCAGGCGUUCGGCGUAUCUAG